AUGGAGCCCCAAAGUCAACAUGGCAGCGGUGGCUCACUAGUGGUGAUUCAGCAGCCCUCCUUGGAUAGCCGGCAGCGGUUGGAUUAUGAUAGAGAGAGCCAGCCAGCAACCAUCUUGUCACUGGACCAGAUCAAGGCAAUCAGGGGCAGCAAUGAAUACACCGAAGGUCCAUCUGUGGUGAAAAAGUCUGGUCCGCGAACAGCACCAAGGCAAGAGAAGCAUGAAAGGACUCAUGAAAUUAUACCGAUUAAUGUGAAUAAUAAUUAUGAACACAGACCCAGCCACGUGGGGCAUGUGGCGCAUCAGAGUAACACGAGGGCUCCCAUCUUGAGCAGAUCAACCAGCACAGGGAGUGCAGCCAGCUCUGGGAGCAACAGCAGUGCCUCCUCAGAGCAAGGGCUGCUGGGACGGUCACCUCCAUCCAGGCCGGGGUCAGGCCACAGAUCCGAUCGGACAAUCCGGACGCAGCCCAAGCAGUCAUCUCUAGUUGUAGAUGAUCUGAAGGGUCCUCUGAAAGAGGACUUGACGCAGCACAAGUUUAUCUGUGAACAGUGUGGGAAGUGCAAGUGUGGCGAGUGCACAGCCCCGAGGGCCCUCCCUUCUUGCUUGGCCUGCAACCGACAGUGCUUGUGCUCUGCAGAGAGCAUGGUGGAGUACAGCACCUGCAUGUGUUUGGUCAAAGGGAUCUUCUACCACUGUUCUAAUGACGAUGAAGGGGACUCUUGCGCGGAUAAUCCCUGCUCUUGCUCCCAGUCACACUGCUGUUCUAGGUACCUGUGCAUGGGAGUGAUGUCCCUGCUUCUGCCUUGUUUGCUCUGCUACCCUCCUGCAAAAGGAUGCCUAAAACUCUGUCGGGGGUGUUACGACCGCAUCAAUCGUCCAGGGUGCCGAUGCAAGAACUCCAACACGGUCUAUUGUAAACUGGAGAGCUGCCCUUCCCGGGGUCAGGGCAAGCCCUCAUGAUUUUUGGAGGGAGGUUUACUUCCUUCAACUUCAGUUUUUCAGGUUAUAGCCGAUUUCUUUUUUUUUUUUUUUUUUCCUCUCUCCUUCUCUUCCUGCUCUCAUUUUGGGGGAGGCUGUUCUUUUGCUUCCUUUCUGUCUCCCCAACUUCAAUUACACAAGUUCUUCCCUUUGCGUCUUUGCUCUCCUCUUCCUGUUGGCUGGGUGUCGAGCAUUUUACAUAGUCAUUGCUGUUCCUUGGUAAGUGUGGACCUUGAAUCUGCAUCUGCUGCUUGCUUUGGCAGGGUCUUUUGAGUUUGUAACUGAACCACUCCUGAAAGAGAUAGUGAGGGCUCACUGGGCUCUUGAAGUUUUUUGCUCUGUGAAUAUCUUCCCAAAGAUGUUUUUCAUUCUCAGCAAUUCUGUUGUUUUUAACUUAACCCCCUGGGUACCAAGGAAGAACAACUUUCAUGAGUGAGCUGGAUUGUGAAAUAAUUUUUUUUUUGUGUGUGUCCUAUCUGGAGAAGGUUGUAAAAUAAAGGCUUUUCCAAGUGAAAGGCCUGACUCUUCUAUAAGCAGCAUCUUUUUUGGUUUGGUUUUUUUUUUUUUGCCUUCCCUCCUCUCUUGUCUCAACUUUCAAGAACAUUCUUGGUUCUGAGAAUUACCCUGCCUUCUUUUUUUUUUAAUACUUUUUCAAUGUAACUUCACUUUUUGCUACACUGUGUAGAUCUUCACAUUGGAGACAUUACAGCUGCAGCAUACUCAUUUCUUUUGCUGUCAGCUCUUUGAAGGAUAUUGCUCACUCCACCCUCCUGCUCUUGUUUUUAUAGUCUGUCAGUAUCAGUUGAUAUUAAAGUUGGUGGUGUUCAUGUAUCCAAACAGCCUUCAGGUGCCCUAGAGUCACCUAACUGUUCUUGAAUCCUUCUUGUUUCUUGUCAUCCUUCGUUUUGGUGAAUUUAGCUCUGCUCUGUACUUUAUAAAUUUAUUCUGUCCCUGUUUUAUUGCCUUAGCCACAAAUUGUGGUCCUUUUUUGUAUAUUUUAUGUAUAAAACAAAGUUGAAUCCCAACUAUUUUUAAGACAAAAGUCUGUUAAAACUUUUUUAUUGUAAAGAAUAUUUAUUAUGUGAAUCUCUAUUAUUUUAUGAUAUUUAUUGCAAAAGACUUUGAAAAUGUACUCAUGUCUGAAUAUAACAAAGUAUCAAUACCUAACGAAAUAAGAAUGACACGAAGAAAGUACAUAUGUUAACUAUAAUGCAGAAAAUAUAUUAAUUAAUGAAAA